GAAAUUCAAUCUUGAAUUCAAAAAAAAAAAAAAAAAGAAAAGAAAGAAAUCUGAUCAGUUUGGUUGAGAAUAAGAUCAGAUCGGGGCGUAUUGAAGAAGAUGUGCUGCAGCGGCGAAGAUGGAGAUUGCAGGCCACUGGGAUUCCUUCUGGGCUUGCCUUUCGCCUUCGUCUCCCUCAUCAUCUCCAUCAUCGCCAUACCCAUCUGGAUCGUCGGGUUGGCAUUGAGCUGUUUGUGCCCAUGUUGUCUUUGCGUGACGGUGGUGGUGGAGUUGGCGUUGGAGCUCAUCAAAGCCCCUUUCAGUGUCAUGAAAUGGUUCACUUCUAAGAUCCCUUGUUGAUUAAUUUAUUAUAAAUGUUAUAUUUGUGGGUGAUAAUUACUUUUAAAUUAUUCUGGUUUGAUCUGCUAGCUGAUGUUGAUGAGUUUGUUGAUUCUUUAGGUUUGUAUUUUAUUAACCAAUCACAAAAAAAAAGAUUGAUUGUAUUAGUAGAAUUUAUGUAUACUAAUGUAAUGCUGAUCAGUUUUAUUGUUAGUUUUUUGCUUUCUUCAAAUAAAAAUACAGUGUGUUG